AUGGCAGUUGUAUCCCCAGAAUAUGCCCACCAGACCAAGGGCCCGCGGAUCUUGGCUGUUUUCUGGACGAUGACUAGCCUGGCGAUUGUGCUGGUUGCGGCCAGGCUCUUCAUUCGCAUCAAGAUCUUGCGCAGCCCCGGUGCAGAUGAUUGGUUGAUUGCAGCAUCGAUGAUAUUCAGCAUCUCAUAUUCUGUGAUCACCACUGUCGAUGUCGCUCUAGGGUACGGUCAACAUUCAGUGAUCAUAACGGAUAGACUAGAACUUGUUUUGCUAGUCAACUAUAUCAACUUCGCCUUGGGUAUUAUCUCUUUCGCCCUACCCAAACUUGCUGUGGCAGCCUUGUUGAGCCGGCUCUUAAAUCCGACACCAACACAACGUGCGAUCUUAUGGGGGUUGACUGGCACUCUGGGACACGUCCCUCUUGUCGGAGGGUGCAACUUGCCGGAGCUCAUGGAUCUUUGUCGACUAUGCCAUUUUCACCGGAGCUGUAUCGGCUUUUACGGAUUUGUAUCUGGCGAUUUACCCGACCAUUGUCCUGCUAAAUCUUCAUAUGUCACUCCGGAAACGACUGGCUCUGUGCGGAGCCUUGGGACUGAGUGCGGUGUGAGUGAGAUCCUCUUGGACGCUUGUGCAAUAGCAAUCGUGAAGUGCAUGCAGCUACCAGGUCUUGCCGAUACCAGUGAUACAACAUGUGGUAUCGAAUCGAACGUCGUGAUCCUCGCAUCCUGCAUUCCUACCUUACAACCUCUCCUCGAAAUAAUCCUCGGAAAACGCAGUCUGAGAAGCACUGGCGCGUAUAACUAUAAAGAGAGUAGCACCCAACUGCCUGCAUCAAACAGGUGGGGCAGCAAGCGGUCCGGACCCCGGAGAGACAAAAAUGAUAUAAUGAUCGCGGAUAUUAGGAGUCAGGAUAGCAUCUUGCAGACCGCUGAUGACCACGGGGUUGAGAGCCAUCACAUAGGGCGCAUUCGUCGCACAGAUAGUAUCACGGUUGAAUACGAAACCGUAACUGCUUGA